GGCCCCCGGGCCCCUCCAAGCUCCGCGAUCCGCGCACCGGGCGGGGCUCCCCGGGCUCCCCGUGCCCCGGUCCGCGGUCACCCUGCGGGGACGGGCCGGGAGCAGCUGACGCGGAAAGCAGCCAGAGGUUCAGGGGUUCGGCACCGAGCAUCCCAGGGCAGCCUGGAGUGAGCUCUCUCACAGCCAGCUUGGCCUUCCCGUCUGGACCUCUCGGGCAUGGCCUCCUGGGAUGCUCCUUGGGCAUCCCUCCAUCUGGAAUGCUCUUUCAUCAUCCCUCCACCUGGGAUGCUCCUUGGGCAUCUCUCCGCUGGUGGUCGGCUGGAAUAAAGUCAGGUGAUCCUUUAAUCUGUGAGAAGACCCUCUGCCUGUUUUUAACUGAUUGCUUCCUCCUCUAUAGUUGAGAGAAACAUUUCUCCCCCGUGUCGUGUUUCUCCCAUCAAAAUUGCCCUUUGUCCCCGGGGUUGCUUUGCAGUCCAGCUGUCAACCUCCAAACCCUCAGGCCCAUCUUCACACCCCUUGCCCUCUGCCCUGUCCCUUUGUGCCCACAGGUGAAGCUCCCAUUGCCCAUUUUUGCCCUGUGCCCUCCCAUGCCGUCAGGAUAAAGCCACUGCACACAGGUGUGUGGGAACAGCCCUUCUGGGAGCACUAGGCCUCUUGUCUCACACCCAGAAUUCAGUAUGGUUUUGGCUGUGCUGGUGCCUCCAGAUGGGGUGGCUGGAAGGGCUCCUACUCUCCUGACAUGGAAACACACUUGUCCAACACCAUGCUGCGGGAGCUGGCUGUCCUCUGGGGGUCAGAGGCCGUGGGUGGCUCUGCUCUCUGCUGUCUCCUCUGCAGCUGCUCCAGAGCUGAGGUGCCCCCGGUUCCCCAAGGUGUUGGUUCCCCUGUGAAGCCACAUCUUCACAGCCCCCACUAAAGCCAAGUGGCUUGUCUUUCAAAGUGUGGACAUUGGUGGUGGGAUGGGCACCUGCACAUUGGCCGUGCAGGCUGCUCCUGGCCCCCAGAGCUCCCAGAUGAACCCUUCCAGCUGCUCCUGGCCCCAGACCAUGGCCUCGCUGUCCCCGUGCAGCACCGGUGGUCACAGAGACUGUGACUAGGGCCACAUGAGAUGUCUGUGGUGGAGAAUGAAGGUGCUUCUGCUUGGUGGCAGGGCUGUGGCCUGCCCUCUCCCAUGGUUGCUCCCUGAUGUUCAUGUCCCCUCAUGCUGGGCUGGCCUGUCACCAGACUUAUAGGAGCAGAGCAGAGGGCUGGUGUCCUGGAGGGAUUGGGCAGAGGAGGCCAGCUCACUCCUUGCUGUUGCCCCACUGGUAGGGCUGGGGCCUCGCUCGGAGGUGCCGUGGGCUGGAUGUGACAUCCCUCGCCAAUGGCAUCCCCUGCUAGGCCUGUCGUGGCCCCCAUCCAAGGCCACCAGUCUGUCCACAGUCUGCCCACAGGCUGCAGGCCCAACUCACUUAGACCAGACAAGCCGGUGAGGGGCUCAGUGAGUGCUCAGAGGCACAGUCUGGGAAAGCUGAGCUGUUCCUUGUUGCACUCCGAAACCACCACAGCAUGAAUGAGAUUAAAUUCACCCUGAGGGGAUUCCCUGGCUGUGGGGAGUUCACUUCUGGUUGCAGCAUCACUGAAAAUAAAACUACUUCCCUUCCUGGCCCCAGAAGAGCUGCACCCAGGAGGUCUCGUUAAUGUCACAGCAAGGACCGGGCUGGCUGUCCCCACGGUGACACCACCUACCAGAGGAGACAGAGAGGCAGGUGUGCAAGGCACUGCAGCCCAUGAAAAGAUUCAUCCAGGAGCCCUGGAUGGUGCCCUGAGCCCCUUGGUCCUUUCAGUGCCUGGCAGGGAUGGUCUGUCCUCACAGCUGCCCCGGCAGCUCCGUGUGCCCGGCAGUGACGGGGGACAGGCAGGGCGUGCUCAGGUGUCCUCCUGGCCAUGAAGGCAGCAGCUGACACUCGCAGAGAUUCAAGGCACCUUUCAGAGCAAAAAAGAGACUUUUUCAUCCUGAUGAGCUGUGUUUGCUGCCCAGCAAACCCCUGCCCCACUUCUUUGCCAUCUUGGAGCCAGGCACUGGGGCGAGUGGCUUCAUUUCACAGUGGGCCUCAUCUGCCAGAGGAAGCAAGGAAUUAAAGCAGAGUCCUUCCUGCCAUCGGAGCGGGUGAAUGUCCUGAGGCCUCCAGUAUGCAGGUUUGCUCCUCUCUGCCCUCACCAUGCUUCCCUAGAGGUAUUUUCUGUGUCCAGGCCACGUUUUGCUUUGCCUCUAUUUUACUCAGGUGCUUUAGCUGAAACACAGCUCCACAUAAAGCUGUUGGAUUUUUUUAAAUAUUAAUUUCCUUUUCUUCAGUCCUGCUGCAUUUCAGAGACCUCUUUGUAAGUCAGAACCCCUUCAAGCGCAGCAGUAACUGUGGACCCAUCACUGAAGACUGAUGAAUGGACUGAAAUGGAGCAAAAUUCAGGGGUUUUUUGUCCCUCUUAAUCUCCAGGGAAGUCAGUUUGGAAUAACUAGAGCUAAACCAAGGGAUCAGUAAAAUGACCGAAAGCAGCAUCUGAGCCAGAAAGGCUCUUGAGAGCUGUGAUCAACAGGGAAGGUGAUAGCCAUGCUGGAAGGGGCUCUGUGUAACAUUAGUGCUGGGUAAACACUGCGAUAAGAGUCCUGAGUUGCUCAAUAACUCACAUUUGUUUUCUCCCUGCUACCCACAAAGACCCAGAUUCCUUUCUCAAGUCUGCACGUCUGCAGCGCCUGCCCUCAUCCUCCUCAGAGAUGGGAAGCCAGGACGUGUCCCCUCUUCAGGAGACCAGCAAGGACCCUUUCUCUGGAGACUGCAGCUGCCGGCAGGAUGGGCUAACUGUCAUCAUCACCGCCUGCCUGACCUUCGCCACAGGUGUCACGGUGGCCCUCAUCAUGCAGAUCUAUUUUGGCGACCCUCAGCUCUUCCACCGCGGCGCGGUGGUGACGGACGCUGCGCCCUGCACGGCGCUGGGCAUGGCGGUGCUGGGCAGGCAGGGCUCCUCGGUGGACGCGGCCAUCGCCUCGGCCCUCUGCGCAGGCAUCGUCAACCCCCACACCUCGGGGCUCGGAGGGGGUGGGGUGAUGCUGGUCCACGACAUCCGGAAGAACAGGAGCUGGGUGAUUGACUUCCGUGAGGUGGCUCCCCUGGGCAUCCCUUUGGAAGGGGACCUGCAGCAGGACACCAAGCCAGGUCUCCUCGUGGGGGUGCCAGGCAUGAUACAAGGAAUGCACCAGGCACAUCAGUUACAUGGCAGACUCCCGUGGGCUGAGCUGCUGGACCUCGCAGCUGGUGUUGCCCAGAACGGCUUUAACGUCACACACGAUCUGGCCAAAGCCCUGAGUGAACUGAAGGACCUGAACUACUCUAACCGAUUCCGGGAGCUGUUCCUGCCGGAUGGGCAGCCACUCCUGCCUGGCAUGUUCGUCCGGCGCCUGGAUCUCGCGGCUGUCCUGGAGCUGGUGGGGGCAGAAGGGGUGUCAGCCUUCUACAGCGGAAACUUGACCCAGGAGAUGAUCUCUGAGGUCCACAACUAUGGUGGUGUCUUGGUGGAGGAAGACUUCAGCAAUUACAGUGUCACAGUGGAGGAUCCCAUCCACACAGUCUAUCGAGGUCACCUUGUUUUCAGCCCCCCACCUCCACAUGCAGGUCCUGCACUGAUCACAGCACUGAACAUCCUCGAGGGCUUUAACAUCACAAGUAAAGGAUCCAGGGGGAAUAACUUGCACUGGAUAGCAGAGACAUUAAAAAUAGCCCUGAGUCUAGCGAGCAACCUGGGAGACCCAUCUGGUGACAUGUCCGUCGCUCACACAGCAGAAGGGAUGGUGAGUAAAUCAGAAGCCAGUUCCCUCCGCCAGCUGAUUAAUGACUCCCAGUCCUUCCCGUCUGAUCUCCGCAUCCCUCACUUCUCCGUGGAGAGCGGCCCUGCUGCCAGCCAGGUCCUUGUCAUGGGACCCGAUGACUUCAUCGUUGCAGUUGUGAGUUCUUUGAAUCGUCCCUUUGGCAGUGGAAUCGUAACACCCUCUGGAAUCCUCCUCAACAGCCAGAUGUUGGACUUCUCCUGGCAAAAUAAAACAAUGAACCACUCCAUUUCCAGGCCGCAAAAUCUCGUUCAGCCUCGGAAACGGCCCCUGUCCUUCCUGCUGCCCACCAUUGUGCGGCCUUCUGAGGGCAUGUGUGGGACCUACCUGUGUCUGGGGGCCAACAAUGGGGACAGAGCCUUGAGUAGCAUCGUCCAGGUUUUGGUAAAUGUUUUAACGUUUCACAAGAAUCUGAGUGAAAGUUUGUCACUUGGUCGACUUCACCCACAGCUUCAGUCCAACACCUUGCAGGUUGACAGUGAGUUUCCUGAAGAAGAUAUAGAAUUUCUUGUAGCCAGGGGCCACCAGGUGGAUAAAGUCCCAGUGGUCUCCCUAGUUCACGGAGCCAGGAGAACCAACAGUUUCAUCAUUGGCCUGAAGGACCCCAGGAGUGCAGAUGCUGCUGGAGCCACAAUAUUGUAGCACCUCCCAGGGGAAGCUGUUCUCUGAGCAAGGCUGACACACCAACCCAAGUGAUGUGCAUGUUCUGAAGUGGCCUCUUCUCCAGCCCUGGGGGAGCCCCACCCAGACGUUCUGCACUUGCCACCCUGAACGGCACCAGGGAAGUCAGCAGGACCCACAUGCAGCUCCCAGAUCUUGGUUUUCUUUUAUUUUUCAAUUAUUUGUAUUGCGAGCAGCCCAGUCCUUGUUACAGGAAUGGCAGGAGCACACUUUUCUUUUGGCAAAAUCUUGCCAGUAAUUUCAGUCUUUCCAAAGCCAAGUUCUAGAACAUUAGCAAAGAUAAAAACAGUCGAUGAUGAUGCUGUUAUCUUCAACCUCCCUGUCUUUCCCAAGUUCCUUCUUUGCCUCCAGUAUAAGCCAGUGACUAAUACAGCCUAAUGCAGUGUUUGUAGGUGCCUGCACUGGAAUACCAGGGAGUCCUUUAAUACUCUGCCUGGAUCAGCUGAUUUUUACCAGCCUGCAGCCUCCUGGGGAAGCUCCUGUACCCACAUCACUACAUACCUUGAAUUUUGGCAGUAAAUAUUUUGAACCCAAUUGCUUCUCAGGCUCACUGGUAUUCUGCUUUUGAAACCAGAGCAAUGGUUUUCAACAGCUCUAACAAAUUCUUCUUCUAACAACUUGUACCCCCCCCCCAAUAGUUUUCUUGCAGAGGUUCAGCCUCCUCCAUGGUAGAUUUGAGUUUAGUGGUAAUGGGCUUAAUUUUCUUAGACAUCUUCUGGAGAUAUUCUAGCAGUACUCCACAGACUGAGUGUGUGAAAAACCACACACCAUGGACUGCAAACCACAUGGAGAGCAUUUGGGUACAUUCAGGGCCUUCCUUCCACUGCCUUAUCUCAGUCUACUCUGAAAGCUGAAAUCGGGUCAUUCCUAUAGAGCAGCUUGGGAUUUUCUGCUGACUGAAUUCAUGGCAGUGCUCUAGCUCCAUGUUUUUGGUACUGGUGAGUCCAUGGGAACAGCUGAAGAGAGUGAGAGAAAAUGCACAAACCAAUCCAAACACUACUGAGAUCAUUUUCUGUCUGCAGCAUGUAGUGAAAAUACAAGAAUGCUUCUGCAUUUCAUGUCUGAAAUCAAGUGAAGAAAGAACACCCCAGCUGACAGCUGCACCACUUCAGUGAGCCCAUGUUUCGACAUUUCCUGUUCUUUUUACUGGCAAGUUAGAGACACCUGGCACUAAAAAAAUUCCUGAGUUUGAUCAUUUUCUGUGGUCUAAAAUUUGUUGAUUUCCUUCAUGGUGCAAAUGCAUCUAUGGCCACUGUACAUAUUAUAUAUGUAUGUCUGCUUAUGGUUCUCCUGGUCCUUGAUUUGAUGAUCACACCAGUCAUGCCUGACCUUCCUCCCAAGGGUCCCUGUGACACCCACCUGUUUGUAACUCACCCUCUGACACUUGUGGCCAUUGGACAUGGGGAGCAGGUGGGUCAUUUUGUGGCAGUUGGGGCCCCAUGGCAGAUAAAUCAGACUAAUCAUUCCUGCCACCCCCCAGCUGUGGAUCUCAGAACAUCCUAUGUGGAGCCUCACAUGUUGAGCUGAGUAAGGACAGAGGUGUUUCCAUGCUCUGCUGAAGCACAGCCACCCCUGAGAGGAGCAUGGCAGCUCCAGCCAACGGCAACACCAGCCGUGUUUGCUGUUCCGAAUCCGUACCCUCAGCUGGGAUGGGGUGCAGCACCUCAGAGCAUUGUCUUUGGGACACUGUGUUCUGUGCCACCAAGAAGAGACUUUCUUCACCACAGGGACAUCAAAUCUACUUAUUUGUUUUUCUGUCAUCAGCACUAGAGUUGGUCACUGCCCGAAGUUGGAGUUUCGUAACGCUUUAUGUGUCCUGGAGCAGACCUUUUCAGGCUCCACAGGAAGGGAAGGAGGCAGUUCUGUGUGUUGAACCUCACUAGGGGAGAUCUGGCUGUUUCUGGUCCAGACCAGGUCUGUCCCUCUGGCACAAGAGGUUCACUGUGCACAGCUGCAAAAUACGUGAUCAAUCGUCACAGCAAUACUUUGCAUGAAAUAUCACAAAACACUUUGAAAGAUGAAAUUCCUCCUAAUUAACUGAAUUCAUCAACUUCCAAUGCUGGAAACUGUGUGUAUGUUUGGCAGUAAAAGACUUUGGUCUAGAUUCAAAAGGGCAUUCACAUGCCCCAAGGUACAAUUUCACAGCAAUUAUUCAGAAUCUUAAAAUAAAGCAUGUUCCAAAGUGCUCUGCUGGAUCAUGGCCUAUGUUGCAAAGAAGAGAAAAUUCAAAAUAAUUGGAAGGUGGCACUUAGGUCACAACUAAAGGUAUUCUGAAUUAUUUCCCAUUUUCUCUGUUUAAAAGCAGCAUCAGUAUAGCACAGAUGUAUUUAAUAUGGAAACCCUUAAUCUGCUAAUUGACCUCAUGACUCUGGUACUUGAGCCCAUCUAUUGUGAUGAGCCUUGAUGAAUUCAAUGUGAGGUACCAAGAAACACCUGAUGUUUCCUUCACUGCAGGUGAGAUGGACAUUGUGAAACAAAGGGCUGUAUUCCAGAGACGUGUGUGUGCAGAGUCCCUGUGCUGAUUUCAGCCUGGCCCUUGCAGGCAUGUGGCAGCUCUGAAGCAGAAUUUGUGCUGAAAGUUUGACACAGAACUGUCAGUGAGCAGCUCAGAACACAAAAUACAAAGGGGCUGAGAAAAACAACAAAGACAGUUUUUAAAGGAACAAAAUAAACAGAAACAAAAAAAAUUAAAAAAAAAAUAGAUGCCUUUGCCAAAUAUGACAAUAUGUCAUCUGGAACGUGAUCGGCUUGUUCUGCCCAGGUUGCAUUGUCCCCAUCGAUGCACACUGGUUUUACAUGGGGAUAAACUGGAGGCAGGCCCUGCUGCUGAGGGUCAGCAGUUUAUCAGUGUUCCUCCCAAGGGCUGGAUGCCCCUCACCAGCACAGGUAACAACAAACUGCCCUGCUGCCUGUAGGUGCUGCUGCUCUCCUGUGUGCAUCGAGCACUGAUUGCAGGGGUGAAAGCCCAAAGGAGGGACAAGGCAGAAGCCGGUGCUGCCGUCUUGCAGCUGGGGGGGUGAGGAUGCUCUGGCCCUUGGCUGUGCUAUUUUGUUCCCAUCACUGUCCCAUUCAGUGCCCAGGCACAAAGAAGAGCUGGAGCCCACCUUGGUCCCACCACUCUGGAUAGGGCAGGUGCUGCUGGGAUUGUCAGGGUGGUGCCACUCAGGCUUCCCCACUGGCCCUGGGCACGACGACCUGCUGAAGAGCAGCCCUGGGCACACAGGGCGUUCCUGCCCUCAGCAGUGUGUCCUGCUCCAUCUCUCAGGGGACUGGGGACUGUCAGGGGCAGAUGAAGGCAGAGAGAUGCUGCUAUAGGUGGGACAGUAGAUUCUGGUCCCCGGGCUCCAAGGAUGAUGACCAGCAUCCUGCAGCUCUGCCAGUGUCUCUCUGAGGGUCCUUCAGCUGGGGCAGCAAGUCUGAAACUGCCCAUUCAGUGUCAGCUGUUCAGCUGCUGCCAGGGGACCUUGGACCCUCCAGGUGCCUACUUGGUCCCCUUGUCUGGACCAUCUCAGAGCCUCCUUCCACCUGCUGCCCAACCCAAUAGGACUGACCCAGGUCACUCACUGGCUGGAGAGAAAGGGGAGUCAGGUCUCAGUAUGAGAGCUUUCCUCCAUGAGAGGAAAACUGCACCUCUUUUAUGAACAUCAAAACCACUUAGAGUUUUGUAAGGUUUUGCAAAGAAUCAGGUGGAGUGGGGAGAGCUCCUGUAGCACCCAAGUGUUUUCAGCAGUUUUGGAAACUUAUUCUAAACUACAGUGAUGGAAAUUUGCACCUAGCCAGAGAAAGGAGAGCUCUAAGAGGCAGAGCUGGUUUUGGAGAGGCAGGGAAACAUCUAAAAAUGAAGCACAUCUGUGCAGAGGGCAGAUGGAGCAGGAGUACCAGAGCACUGACACACACUGUCCACAAAGGGCUCUCCAGCAGCCACAGCAUUUUCAGGUGCAGAUUGUCCUGUCAGAGCUGACCCUGCUGCCUGGGGGAGCCUCCUGUGUGACAACAGUUCCUGAGCAGCCAUGGAGCUUCUCCCACUGGGACUGUUCCCAGCAUAGCUGGAGCUCCAUAUCCUCGGUGUCGAGGAGGAGAGGACAACUCCUGUGUACCCCCAUCCUGCCUAUCACAUCUGUGGUCAAUUGCCCACCUCUCUCUUUCUCACUGCACUCACAGUUCAACAAAAUUCUAGGUCAGAAGUGACUGUGACUGCAAUGCAACAGAUCCCCAUUCCUUCUCUCCAAGUGAGCAUUGUACCGGUGUUAGAGGAGAAAUUAUUUUAUUCAAGUAAUUGUAUAAUAUUUAAGUUUGGAAAAAUCUAAAGCUGGUCAUGAGUCUACCUACUUUUCCUGUAUAAUAACUGUCCUUUGAAAAUACUGUCACAUGAAGUGUGUGCAAAUAAAACACAGUUUUGAUCGC